UGGAAAGAAACUGCACUUGCACAGUUGUCCAGCAUUACUGACCAAAAGUUUGUGAAAUAUAGCACGUUUUUGUGUGUGUGUGUAAAUAAGCAAUCCUUUAAAUCCUGUAAAUCCUGGACAUUUGGGCCACCGUAGGUACGUGAUGUUGGACUCACGCGAGACCGGAGUUCCCAGAAAGUUGGUGAAAAUAAAGUAAACGGAACAGACGCGGGGCUGAAGUCCGUGACUUUAAUAACAAGAGAAGAAAACACUCCAGACCUGAAGAGAUGAAGAAGAUAAGCUGUGUGUGUGCGGUCCUGGGGCUGGUUCUGCUGAUAGCAGUCUCCUCAGUAUCCCGCACUGAAGACUCCAAUCACCCGACUCUGUGCUGUUUCAACUUUGUGAAAUUUAAAAUUCCACUCAAAAAUAUCCUUACAGUUGAAAAGACUAGUUCCGCCUGCCCGAUCCCUGGCUAUGUGGUUACAACCCCUCGGGGCAAGUUCUGCAAGCAGGAAGAUGUUCUUCUAGAUUAGAUUCAGUGCAGCUGCUUCUACACCACUAAUCUGCAGCUCAAAGUGCAGCUAAAAUAC